AUAGUUCAUGAAGUUACUCAUAUGUGGUUCGGUAAUUUAGUAACUUGUGAUUCAUGGGAAUACCUAUGGCUUAAUGAAGGAUUUGCAACCUAUUUUCAAUGGAAUAUUAUGGAAUCAAUCAGACCAAAAUGGAGAUGGAUUGAUACAUUUAUCGUUCAUGAAAUGUUCUUUGCUUUAGAAGUAGAUUCGGCUGUAGAUUCGAAAUCAAUAAAUGAAAAACAGAAAGACUAUAUUGAUGAUCUUAAUGACGUAAAAGCAACGUCGAUUAUAUAUAUAAAAGCUGCCUGCAUUAUUAGAAUGGUAGAGCAUGCUUUUGGAGCAGAAGUAUUACAUCAUGCUCUGAAGUAUUAUCUUAAGGAAAAUCAAUUAAAAACAGUUACACCAUCAAAAUUAUGGGCUGCAUUAGACAUGAAGAUACAUGAAAUGGGAGAUAUUUCCAAGAUUAAUCAAUCUGUAUCAACAUUGAUGGAAUCUUGGACAUCUCAAUCAGGAUAUCCUGUGGUUCAUGUGAAUAGAGUUCAUGGUAAUCUGAGUUUAACACAAGAGCGGUUUUUCAUUACUAAGAGAAAUGAAUCAUCAACACAAUUAUACUGGAUUCCAAUUUCAAUUGCAAGUAAAACGAAUCCAAAUUUCUCAAAUACUUCACCAACUUUAUGGAUGGGAUCGAAGAAAAUGCUUACGUCGUUAUCAAUAGCUGAUGAUGAAUGGUUUAUUCUUAAUGUUCAACAAACAGGAUUCUACCGAGUUAAUUAUGAUGUAAUUACCUGGAAGAAUUUAUUCAAAGCAUUAAAUCAAGAUAAUUUUGGAGGUAUUCCUGAAAUUCAUAGAGCUCAAAUUAUCAAUGAUUUGUUUAAUUUAGCAAGAGGAGGAUAUAUAUCAUAUGACUUAGUAAUAGCUGGAUCUAAAUAUCUUCUAAAUGAAAAAUCUAAAUUACCUUGGCAAGCUUUUAAUGAAAAUUUUCAUACUCUAAAUAAAGAAUUGAAUAAUGAGGAUACAACAAUAUACUCAAAAGAACAUUUUAAAAAACAAGAUUAUCAUAAUUGCAUGUAUCAAGAAAGUAGUUCGGUAAGACGUUCAUAA